GCGGGGAAACAAGGAGUCUCGAGACUCCUAACCCGUCACAAAGCUUCCCUCGUCCGUGAUUUGGACACGAAUAAGAUUUUACCCCAUCUGGUAGCUAAAGAGGUUAUAUCUACAUCCGAGGAGCGUCAGGUGCUCGAAGUUAGUGACCGAAGAGAACGGACAGAAGUCUUGUUGGACAUUUUGGGGAAAAGGGGGUUAGGUGCUUUUCACGACUUCUGCUCUUGUUUGGAGAAAGUUUCUCCACACCUGCUGACUGGCUUUCUACUAGACAAUCCAGGUAAGUUCUACGUUGGUUUUAAACGGAAUACCAGAUUCAUUCUUUAUCUGUGAUGUGACUUUCAAAACUUGUUUAUUUGCACUAAACUUCCUCAACGUAUUGUAUUGGUGAAAGUUUCAAACUUCAUCUUGUGAUAGUUUUGAGUUUUACGCGCUACCUGCACAGAGCUGGACUUUUGUAAGUUACACUGGAAACAAAAAGUAAACACUGAAUGAUUUAAACCAGAUAUUGUGUGUUGUUGUGUUCUUUCUGAAGUUUAAGCAAAUUUUGUUUUAAUCCGUUAGAUGCAGAUGCAGGAUUUACCUCCCUUGCAUUAAUCUGAUGAGCAGUUUAAAACUUUAAUUUUAUUGAUGUAGUCUAUAAACUAAUAAUUUUACCAGGAAAUUUAUUAGCAUAUGCAGUUGAAUACAUAUUACACUGUAUCACCAACUCAUCUGAAUUAUAUGAUGUCAGAAUUUUGAAAUUUUUAUUUUAAAUCUAUUAGUAAUUAUAAAGUACCAAUAAGAAAGAGUUUAUGAAUUUCUGAAUAUGGGAAAGUUUGGGUUUUUUUUUUGCCACAGUCAAAUAUCUUAGAAAUGGGGUACAUAAUGAUUAAUUAGUGUAGAAUACAUCUACUUAUUUAAUCCAUAUAAAGGACUUUCACAACAAAAAGGAGGAAUUGAUAUGUCCAGAAAAAAAAGAGAAAGAAAAUUUAGUAACUACAAUCCAAGAUCACCAAUGACCCAAAACUUCAUAAACCUUUCCACAUAGUUUCUGUAUCGUAAGAAAUAACAGGUACUCCAUGAAUUGGUGCCAAUAUAUUUAAUGUUGGAUCUUAGAUCCUCCUCACAUUUUAGCUGUAUAGGGAGUGCGUAGGGAGAUCAAACUUCUUUGAAUAUUUCUCACAUUGGAAUGGGGAACAUUGUUCUUGCAUACCAGAGUCUGUGGAUCGAAUGCCCUUUUCACAUCAGAAACAGGACUUGAAUUGCUUCACUCUGAAAUAUCAGACUUUGUAUAUGAAUUUACCCUCAAUUGACCCUCUUGAUGAGUCUUGCUAUUGGUUUCUGUUUCAGAAAAAUGAAUAGUCUUGCAGCGAUUUUUUUCUACCCACUGGUACUGGUACCGGUACCCAUUCGAUUGGGAAAAAUAGCGUCAAAAUCGAACAAAUUGGAAAUUUUCUACAAAUGUUUCAGCAAAUGAUUUUAACUAAAAGAAAAGAAAAAAAGAGAACAAAACAAGAACUAUUCAUCUCUUUACAAACUUUUUACGGUAAUAUUUGCUGUUGUGAGACAUAAGGAAUCGCUGUUGGAUUGUUUAAGAAUCGCUGUAGCUCUACAAAACAUGCGCACUGCCAUGAUCUGUACUUUCCAUUUAAUACCAGAAGUGAACAUUUUAGUUAACUUGUACAACGUUUCAGACUAAGUAAAUUACGAUGUCAACGGUCUAUUUUUCGGAAAGUAAGUUGGGAAUUUUUAGUCUCAAAAUUGGGAAAAAUCAACAGUUUUUGGCAUUGGGAAUGGUACCGUUUAUCGGUACCAGUUAUAUAAGGAAAAAAAUCGCUGUCUUGAUUUCAAUUUUUAGUGCCCAAUUUGAAGCCCAUUGUGCAUGUGGUCAGUCUUAUUGUUCUGAUUUGUUCAUGUAGAUGGGGUCAAUCUUAUUGUUCAUGUAGAUGUGUUCGUAAAGUAACAUUGAUCCAUUAUGUCUGCAUAAUACAUUUAACCAUUUGUUGACCAAACCAAUGCAUCACAUUCGCAUGUUAACCAAAAUCAGUGCUUUUUAUGUAUUAUUUUUGUCCAUUGGUCACUUGAUUUUAUAAGUCGUGCAUCAAGCGCUGAGUGGGUGAUCGAUUAUGAUGGGCGUUUAUUGCUACCAUGAUAGCCUAUUCUCUGGUAUUGUCAACUUGAUGAAUAUAUUUUGAGGAGAAAAACAGAUUUAUCAUGGAGAGAUUUGACAAUAUGAUGUGGUUGGUACCAGAGUAAGAACUCCCAUUGGCAGAUUUUAUAAACAAUUUAAAUUCUGAAAUUUUAAAUGAAUAAUUAGUUGUAUGAGUUUGGAUGGAAAAUAUUUUUUUAUUAGUGAUGUAAAAUACAGUGUAUUGUGGUUUACUUUUAUUCUGAAAGUACAAGUUGUGUCAUAGGCAGGCUGGUGAAGUUCUCACUGCAAGCAGACUGAUAAUAGAACUGUAUGGUACUGAUGACAUCCUCACUGUAAGCAGACUGAUAGUAGAACUGUAUACUGAUAUCCUCACUGUAAGCAGACUGAUAGUAGAGCUGUAUGAUACUGAUAUCCUCACUGUAAGCAGACUGAUAGUAGAACCGUAUACUGAUAUCCUCACUGUAAGCAGACUGAUAGUAGAACUGUAUACUGAUAUCCUCACUGUAAGCAGACUGAUUGUAGAACUGUAUACUGAUAUCCUCACUGUAAACAGACUGAUAGUAGAACUGUAUGAUACUGAUAUCCUCACUGUAAGCAGACUGAUAGUAGAACUGUAUACUGAUAUCCUCACUGUAAGCAGACUGAUAGUAGAACUGUAUGAUACUGAUAUCCUCACUGCAAGCAGACUGAUAGUAGAACUGUAUACUGAUAUCCUCACUGUAAGCAGACUGAUUGUAGAACUGUAUACUGAUAUCCUCACUGCAAGCAGACUGAUAGUAGAGCUGUAUGAUUACUAUGAUACUGAUAUCCUCACUGUAAGCAGACUGAUAGUAGAACUGUAUACUAAUAUCCUCACUGUAAGCAGACUGAUAGUAGAACUGUAUGAUACUGAUAUCCUCACUGUAAGCAGACUGAUAGUGGAACUGUAUACUGAUAUCCUCACUGCAAGCAGACUGAUAGUAGAACUGUAUACUGAUAUCCUCACUGUAAGCAGACUGAUUCUAGAACUGUGUGAUAUAGGUAAUAUUGGUAUGUACACGGUAUAGGUCCAUUGAAAAUACCAAUAUAUAGGCAUGAUGUAUUGAAACAAAUCCAUUUACUGCUUACAAGUAUCAAUAAAAUUAACUGACAGUGUGUGUUUGGAAAAUAAAUUUCUAUUCUAUUGAAUUUAAAAAACAAAUUUAGAAUGGUAUGAUAUGUCACUGACAAAAGCCCAUUAAAAACAGUUUCCAACCUGAGUUGAUCAUUUUUAAAGAAGUAAAGCUUUGAUAUUGUGAUGUCUAUACAGCGAUGAUUGGUCUGAGAUUUCCCGUAGCUUGUCCUGCUGAAUGUGUACAAUAUGAAAUACUGAUAAUCAUAAUGACAUGUAUCAAUGCCACUUGUGUUCAUUGAUCAAGAACAUUGCUUUUGAGAUGCUUUCACAUUUUACAUUGUGGUAUGUAAACUUUUGAAAUGGUCCCCAGCGUAGCCUCACUCUUGUCUAGGUGAUAGUAUAAUGUACACUGUGGGACUCUGUGAAAUCUACACACAGGUAAAUCUGGGUCAGAGACGCGUAACUUUCAAAUCUUCACAACAGACAGGUAGAAGAAUCUAAGAAAAAGUCCUUUUUAUUGAGCUGACACUUUUGGAAAUCUGGGAUUAGGAUUCUUUUUUUUUUUUUUUUUCUUCUGAAGAAAGCGUACAUUAAUUGUUGUGGCAAAGGUUUACAAGGAACUAAACCUGGACCUGUUUGUGAAGUUUAAAUUUGUUUGUUUUUAAAUUGAGCACCAGAUCCAAGUGGAUUACUGUUGACGUUUUCAGUGCAGGUAAGGGGUUGAUGUAUGUUUUAAAUGUUACUGUGUCAAGGGGUUUUUGAUUGUUAUAAAUGAUGCGAUAAAGAUUUAUUUUUAAUUUUGGGGAAAAGGAGUGAGAGAAGGUUGUAUUUGAAUUUGAUGCUUUUUUUUUUUUUGGUGGACUGGAGUUCCUUAUCAUUCAGAUGGACACAUUGUGUAAAACUUUAUUCGCUCCAGGUCCGCGAUUAAACCCUUUCUGGUAGCCAUUUCACACAGGCUGAAUACUAUAAUUACUUUCAGUUCAUUGACUAUAAUAAGGAUAUUGUCACCAGUGCAAUUCAUAUUCCUGUACCCAGGUAUCAGUCCUACCACAGGAAAAAGUUGUACUAGAUUGAUUUUACGCUUUUCAUUCUGUUCACUUUUGAAAUAUCUCCUGUCGCUUUCUACUGUGGGAUGUAAUGAUAUUACAUAGAAUAAAUCAGAUAUUACAUAGAAUAAAUCAGAUAUUGCAUUGAAAGUCUUUGGAGAAAAUGUAAAUCCUGGAUGCUUAGAAAACUAUAAUGGUCCAUCUUAUGCUAAGUUAAUUUAUUGUAUGUAUAUUGUGUACCGUGAUAACUAGAAGGUGUUAUACAAUUAUUUUAUUUAUAUUAUGUACUGUGAUAAUCAUUAUACACUUAGAGCUACUAGUUAUAUGUGAUAACAGUCGGAUGCUGGUAGUAUUGACAUUUAAGAGACUCGAUCAGAGGAUAUUGCAAUACAUGAAUUUAACGUGCAAAAAUUCCCACUUUCUGGGAUAGAAUUCCUGAAAAAAACUGCGCACAAUUCAUGAUAAUUUUCGGUAUACUUUAUGCAACUAUUGCAUUUAAAAUUGUAAUUUCAACAGUUCAAAUUAAGUCUGUGUUAAAAAAAGUUUAGAAGUGAUGUGAAGGGUGGAACAUUUUAAGAGUGUUUGAUUUCAGCCAGCGACACGGAUAGGGUAUUGAUUGGUAGGGACUAAUAAUGCCCUUGCAUGCAAACAUGGAAAACAUUUCAAUACAUUUGAAAAGGCAGAAAGACCAAUACAACUAUCUGCUUCCUUAAAUAAGGGUUUGUAAAUGGUAGUAAAUUCAGACCUACUUAAAUUGUUAAAGUCUGCUGUUGCCAAUUCUAGGGACAAUUAAGAUGCAAUCUCUAAUUAAUGCAUGUCAUUAAUUGCAGGUCAGGCAUUGUAUGAUUAAAUAUGCAGUGUGCUAUCUGAUGUUCCAACUCGUAAAUGAUUGUAAACAGUUCCAGAGAUGAUUUUAUUACACUGCUGAUAGUAAACAGAGAUAGAACAUCUAGUAUCAAAAUAAGCUGGUAAUUAAUUAAUUGAAUACAUCAUUUGAUUACUAACUAAAUUCAUGCAACCUUCUAAAUACUGCAAAAUUUGCACUGUUUGCUAUAAUCGGAAUUGGGCUACUAAUUUACAUAUACUGUUAGUAUAUGAAGUCUAUAUAUGCUUGUUUAGAAAAUGCUGAUUUCAAAUAAAAUUCGAAAUGACUCUUAGGAAAGUAAACACAUUGAUUGCAACAGUAUAUUUUAAAAAGUACAUGUACAAUAUCUAAAUCAGACACAGAUUUGUCUCCUGGUUUAUUGGGGGUCAGUUUUGAGUGCAUGGUUUGAGGAGAAGUACCAAGUAGGGGUUGUUCUGCAGGAGGAUAUCAACAAUGAAUUGAACAGAAUUGAUACACCCCCCCCUCCCCCCCAUGAUAUUUUACAUGUUUUAUCUGACGGGUUUAUAUCCUGAUGCCACGAUACAUUAAAUCGUGACAUAUAUGUUUUAAGGAACAAACAUUAUUAUUUUUUUCUUUGCAUGUAAAGAGACGAUGCUAUUGUGAUGUCAUGUUAUUUAACACACACACCCCCCCCCCCCCACCCCCCCACCACCCCUGCCUUCAGUACGGUGUGUGGAAAUUUACACCUGGCUUGUUCAUUAAAAUAUAUUUUACAAGCUACAUCUAGGGAUUAAGAAGCUGUAUAUAAAAAAAAAACCCACUAAAAUAUGUAAAAAAACAAAAAAAAAAAAAAAAAACAAAACAAAAACAACAACAACCCUGGAAUAAUACUCAAUUGAGCUUAACAUAGUGACUAUAUGAACAGUAGCAAGACUAUAGAUUAAAGAUAAUCUAAGACAUGAUAGUAAAAGUUGAUGAAAAUGGUAUUUUUGUUGUUGAAUUUUUUAUUUAGCAUAUUGAUAGCAGGUAUUCUGAUACAGUUGAUAGAGAACACGGUCACUGUGACACGUCUCCCUGAAGUAAAACGUUUUAAGCUGCUGUACUCUACAGAAUCUUCUAGCACCCCCCCCCCCUUUUUUUUUUCUGAAUGCUGCAGUGCAUAUAGGUAUAAAGAUGUCAAGUAAGAGGAUUUGUAGGGCUUUAUGAGCAGACAGAGGUAAGCGGAUCUAUGGAGCCUGAUAGAAGAGAAAAUGACUUAUAUUUUUGUACAUGAUAUAUUAGUUUUAGUUUUCAGUUUAUUUUUAGAAGAAGUGCCAUUGCAAUAAAAUCAGGGAAAAUGCAGAUAAGUUCUUUCACCUCGUUUUCUUUUGAAUUAUCUCGAUUCCUUUCAUCAGUGUCAUGCUUCCUUAACAUGUGUUUAAGAUCGGGAAAUCUGGAGGCUCGAAGCAUCUUAUAAGUUUUUCUUGAGAUUUGGUUAAAUAGUGGAAGUUGGUAAGUUUUUUUUUUUAAAUAUAGAACUUUGGUAAAAUGAAAUCUCUUUUACACAGCGAGGAUCGUUUAUAUAAUGCUUAUGAUUUUGACAUUUAGAAAAACAAAGAAAGUUAGCAUAAUUAGUAAGGGAGAGCUCCUGAGAACAAUGGCCCUCCCUCCCCUCUUCAAUUCAUUGUGGAUGGGUGUUAAACAAAAGUUUGAUGACCAUUCCUAGGAAUUUUUCAAGGAUCAAGUGAUAUUUAUAAAAAAAACAAUGAAUUGUAUCAACAUCCAUGUUAAACUAUCAUAAAAUCUCUAAAUCCUAAACCUACAUACCGGUACCAGGUAAUGUAGCCAUCUAAAAAAAAGAUGGGGGGGGGGGGGGGGGGGGGGAGAAGAAAUCUGGAGCUACUAUAAUGUUCGACAAUUCUGGAAUGCACUGAAAUCUCAAAUUCACAAACUGUCUUUCUAUAUAUAUAUAUGUAAUAUGCUGUAAUACAAAGGGUCGAGCCGUGGAAUUUUAAUUUUCCUCCACGCAUGCAGCAUAAUUCUGUGCACCUGAAUGUCUGUAUCAGAGUGUUCUGAAAUCAAAGUAGAUAACAUUUUCCUUGUAGAGAUAAAUUACGAACCCGGGCCAGUAUAUUCUGUCUUCUUCCUACCUGGACAGACAAAAGCUGGUGAUUGUUUGCUCUCUGUUAAGUACACUGGGCUCUUGUUUGUGUGUAAGAGAUGUCAGAUAAGGGAAAGAAGCAGACCUUUAGAGAUGAAACAGACACAGAGACAGAUAAAGACUGCUCUAUUACAGAAUGGUGGAGGCUAGCUGGUAUAAACAUGUCUCUGAAUGCAGUCUCCUCUCUCUGUAUUGUGGAGAUGAUCGGUUAUUUUUUUAUUUUUUUUUUUUUUAGGGGUAGAUAUAUACAUCUUUUAGUAAUUUGAUGUUCAGAAAGAAAAGCAAUUGAUGGAGAUAUGCUCAGUUUACAGAAAAAAACAUACAGUGAUUUAAAUUUCAGAGCCCAGUAUUGGCAAACUAUAGAGUUAUGUGCAUGAGAAAAAGACGGUGCCAAGGGCUAAAUGACAUGUGCAACAGGAUUCUCUCACUUUUUCUACCUCCAGAAAUUUUUACUGAGUUGCGGAUUUAAGGCAUAGUAAUAUAUUAAAUGUCAAUUUCUACUGAUAGCAUGGAUAAGAAGAUUUUAAAAAAAUAUUGACAGAAACAGAUUGGAGGUAAAGUGAGACAGGAUCGCAGCGUCUGUAGCACCAAAGGAACUUGUUUGGAGGGAACCAAAUUAUGCUUGAAAACGUACAGAUUGUCACUCUUUAUCGGGUCAGCAUUCUCUGCUAUCUCCACACAAGCAAUUACGAUGACCUAAUUUACUUAUUUGAGAGGCAUAUCAUCCAUAUCUAUGAUAACAUAUUGAAAUGGGUCUAGGCUAAUUUUGAGAAAUCUGCAUAUACAUGACCAAAUUUCCAUAGAAUGAGCUUGAUAUGAAAGGAGCUAGAAUUGGGGGUAACAUAAUGUUGAAUUCCUGCCACAGCUAUUUUUGUGAAGAUGGGGAUAUUCAUUACGGAAGUUUAUUUCUUCCACUUAGAUUGUGAUGGUGGAUUCAGGUUGCAUGGCAGUGCUUGUCUACCAGUAUAGAGAGCUAGGAAACCUUUCCCCUGAUGGAGAAGAGAAAAAGCCCACCCAGGCACUACAACUCAGUCUCGAGUUGGCUCUCAACGAGAGAGAUCUCAUGCUGAGAGAAAAUGUCAAAGCAGUAGAAGAACGAGAUCAGGCUAUCCGACAACUUGAGCAACUCAGGAGCGAGCGCAACUCAGUGUUAACGAGUCUAGAGAAUAUCACAGGAAAACCGUCCAAAAACACAAACUCGAAGUCGGAGUUGAGUCCAUCCACAAACCGUAAAAGUCAGAAAUUACUGGACAAAUUCAAAGAAAUGGAGCCAGAAAUGGACCAGGAGGAUGGCUUUGUGAAAAAACCUCAGAAAGUGAAGGGCCUUGAAAAUGUUGCCUGGGAAACCCAUACCGUCACUCUGAGAAGAGUGCCAGGAUUUGGAUUUGGUAUUGCAGUGAGUGGGGGUAGAGAUAAUCCACAUUUUGCUAACGGAGAUCCGUCAAUAGCCAUAUCCGACGUUCUCACAGCUGGACCCGCAGAGGGCAAAUUAUUAAUUAACGACAGAGUAAUGAGCGUGAACGGCAUUCCCCUGGAGAAUGUGGAGCACAAGCAGGCCAUCGGUGUUCUGAAGGACAGCGGCAACAAGGUCAACCUGGUCAUUCGAAGACGAGUGUUGAUCCCUACUUACACAGAAAUGGAAAACACGCCUCUCAAAAUCACGCUCUCCCGUAAAAAUAGACGCGAGGAUGUUGGUGUAGUGUUGGGCUGUAAGUUUUACAUAAAAGAAAUCACAGGAAACAGUUUAGCGGCUCAAGAUGGCGGACUCAAAGAGGGAGAUGUGGUUCUGAAGAUUAAUAGUACACCUGUGGAAAACCUCUCCUUGGUGGACGCCAAGAAAGUGAUCGAAAAAACAAAGGAUAAACUACAGCUCUUCAUUACAAAAUCUCGCUACGAGGACCGCUUGCCAUUAAACAAAGCCCAGGAAGAUGAGUAUUCAUUAGGCUAUGGCACUUUACAAGGGACACUGCAGACCAAGCGGUCGGACAUCGACAACGUCAAUAUCUACCGUCCGUCCCUCAGCGGUCCGGAGGAAGAGAUGUACAAGAACCACGAUAACUACCAGGAGAUCCCCCCAGGCUCGUACCCCAGCUCUGAGCAUGCCCGGUAUGAUGGAAGGUACAUCUACGACCACGAGGCUCCUCCUAGACCCCCACUACCGGACGAGACAGACGCCCCUCCCAGACCCCCCAGCCCAGGGAAGGAGCUGUUAAGGCCAGAUGAUUUUUACUCCCCCAGAAGUCCCCGGGCUCCCCACUCGCCCACAGGGGACGGCUACAUGAGUGAUCAUGGUAGAAUGGACCCACACAUGCAGCGAAGGCACCACGAUGAGAGAUAUGUGGGAAAGAGAAAGGACAUUGUGCUUGAACCACGGUUUGUGUACUUUGAGAAGGAGCCAGAAUUUGGUUUGGGACUGAGGCUGGCUGGAGGGAAUGCCACUGGUAUAUUUAUAGCAUCAGUUCAACCGGGGAGUGGUGCUGAAGCCGUGGGGCUCACCGAGGGGGACCAAAUAUUGAAGGCUAACGAUAUGGAAAUCCCGGGAAUGACCAGAGAGGAUGCAGUGACCUACUUAACAAGUCUGGAAGGCCGGGUGUCCAUGGUUGUCCAGUACAAAAGAGAAGAGUAUGACAGAAUUAUUUCAAGUCAUGAAGCCGGGGACAGCUUUUUUAUCAGGACACAUUUCGAGUACCAGGCGAAAGACAUGGGCGAGCUGUCCUUUACAAUAGGAGACAUAUUCCACAUUAAGGACACUCUGUUUCGCGGGGUGGUGGGCUAUUGGCUGGCCAUGAGAAUCGGCAGAAACAACCAAGAAACCCAGAAAGGAUUCAUUCCCAACAAAAAUAGUGCUGAACAGCUGUUUUUGUCAACAACACAGACGGAGUCGGAGAAGGAAAACACGCCCACUAAGAGUCGCAGCCUCAUCUUCAAGAGGAAGUCCGCCAGACGCAGCAAAUCGCUGGGCAAGGAUCACUGGGAAGACGUUAUUUUCUCCAAUUUGACAACGAAGUUCCCAGCUUAUGAGAGAGUGACUAUCAGAGAUCCUGGAUUUAUGCGACCCGUGGUCAUUUUUGGUGCACUGGCUGAUGUUGCCAGAGAAAAACUCUUACAAGAAUUCUCUGAUAAAUUUGAGUCGCCACAGGCAGACACAAAUAGUCAGGGAGGAAAUGAUCAAAGAAAAUCAGGGAUCAUCCGACUUGGUGCAAUCAAAGAGAUUAUCAGCAAGAGGAAACACUGCCUGCUAGACGUGACCCCUCACAAUGUGGACAAACUUAACUACUCCCAAUACUACCCCAUUGUGGUCUUCCUGAAGGCCGAGAACAAGACGAUAGUCAAGGAAUGCAGGGCCAAGUUUGCCAAGGGAUCGACCAAAAACCACAAGAAGCUGUUUGAACAAAGCCAGAAACUGGAGAAAUUAUACCCUCAUUUAUUUACUGCCACAAUCAGCCAUAAUAACACGGAUAUCUGGUACCAGAGGAUGCUGGAAAUGAUUCACCUGCAGCAGAAUCAGCAGAUCUGGAUGUCCGAGCACAAACCCGAGGAUAACGUAAACGACGACUUCCUCUUCCCCAUGGGCAGUCGCAUCGGCUACUCCUCCGGCCAAGAAAACGAGCCGAGCACCCCCACCAAAGCUCCUAAAGAUGACUUUGAUGCUUCCCCCAAACACAAAAAGCGACUUGUUCGUUCCUCCUCCGACCCCAGUAUUAACACCACCGACCGAGUCCCCGGUAUUCCCCCCUAUCCAGCACCCCCCAGCUACCACCGAUCUCCCGUUUCUCCGCACCGAAAUUUGAUGGAUGAUAGAAGAUAUGUGGAUUUUGACCGCCAAUCAGAGGAUCGGUACUUCCCAUCUUAUUAUGCAUCAGAGAGUCUUCCUCAUGGCCAAUUUCCACAUAAUCGUUCCGUCAAUCCCUACGCCACAAUCACUCCACAUGAACGUCUACGCAGCAAAAUUCCUGAAGAUGGCCAGUGGUACAACCCUGCCUAUGAUGACCGAGGGCCACAGAGGUUUAACCCCGAUUAUCACCGCUCUGAGCCAGAUCUGGGUCGUCAAAUCAAUCCUAAUCGUCCAUCCACCACCUCACUGCCAACACCCCAGCCCCACCAAAAUCAUGAUCCCACCCAAGGUCCACCCCAUCCGCAGCACUCACAGCCAUUCCAAGAAAAUGCCUCCAGUUACAGCAGCGAUUCCUACUCUCGUUACACGUCAAAUCCUGUCAACCGACACGAUGAUUCAAAAUUACGGGAGAAAUUCGGAAGUCUAGCAGUGGCAGCAAAAGGGGAGAAGACUACUUCCCACAAUCCUUACAGGUUUACACGGAGUACCGCAAAUCCGGUCAACACAGCAAAUAUUGACAAAUCAAAACUGUCGGAUCUGUCCGCUCGGUACAGCAGAAAAGACGAGCCACUCCCAUCACGCAAACAGUCACUUCCAUCCCCCACCAUUUCACCCCCAGUCAAUCAGCCCCCUGUAUCAUCUGCACCUUCCCAUCAUGUCCCACUACAGGACGGGGCACCACCUAGGGUGAAAAAAGAACCACCACCUGUUCCCAUCAAGACUUAUCACCUGAGAGAUAGGGGAAUUGAACCAGAUGAUCUCAAAAUUCGAAAUUAUGAAAAUUCCAACAGAGCCUAUAAUUACGCUGAUCCGAACGGCUUCCCUACUCAGGACAAGAAGCACCAGUACAACGAGCAAAAUGAAAAUCCCUACGAUUACGUAGCCCCCCGGCAAAAUAUGUCCCGAACCCGGACGUCGCCCAAUCAAAAUGCAGUGUAUGCUAGACCAUAUGUGUCGCCUGAUAAACAUGUAAGAGAGGGGUCUUAUGACCGGGGCAGGUCAAGAGAGGGGUCUUAUGACCGGGGCAGGUCAUUCAUGAACCAGAUAUACAUGGACACGGAACAGCUGCAAAAGUUAAGGUCAAGGCAGGAGAACGUGUCCCCCGGUCACCACGGCCAGAGAGACGCAGCACCCACAAGGGAUUCUGGAUACCCAAGUCUGGAUCAUCCUAGAGGAAGUGAGUCUGCGAGGGGACCCGCCGAUUCUGGCGAGGGGAUAAGUGGCAAUACAACAGGUUUCUCGUCGUAUAAGAAUCUCAUAACGCCAGGUUUUUACGGCUCCAAAAAGCCCACCUAUUUUGUGCCAGACGAUCUUGGAGACCAAACUCGAAAUACAAGUCAUGAUGUCAGUGACCGGGAGCGAAGCAGUCAUGAAGACAGUGAUGACCACGGGAGCGCAUUCGAAGCGUACAAAAAACCAGCCAUGUCCACGUUUGGGAAGACCUCUGCUGUUCGAGGGUUCGAACCUAGCAGGCAUAUCAGAACCUCCAGUCCUAGACCGGAUAGUGUUAUAAAUAAGAUAAACGUAGCGACAGGCGAUGUCAGGAACUCCCCUAGUGUGGCGUCUAACACACCACCAGAACAACCGCAGAGUGAGGUGUGUGGUGGACACGAGAUGCCACGUGGUCAUGCCUCCUCCCCGGAAGACCCCGCCGCAUUAAGGAAGGGAGAAAAGAAGGAAGGAGCUGAUGUCGAUGAUCUGUCCGAUGAACUCCAGACGGUGGAUGACAAGAACAAUGAUUCUCAUGAUGAUAAUGCCACACUCUCUUCCGAUACUAACCACACUACAUCGCCUUUAGACUCUGCCUCGGCAAGAGAGACCGAGGAGAGUGCGCAGAGGUCAGAGGGUACUGACCCAGUGACAAGCGAUAAUGUGACCAGGGGUGAGGGGUCAAGUACAGAGCAGACUUCUGCUUUGAACACGUUUAUUGUUGGGUCGGACACUGGUCAGUCCAUAGAAGGGAAUCACACGGUAGUGGCCACGGCCAGAGGCGUGUUUGACCAUCAGGGAGGGGUGUUACAAUCGCCCGAGACAGGUGUUAGUAUAGUCAUUCCAAAAGGUGCAAUCCCAGACGGUGUAAAACAGGAAAUUUACUUCAAAGUCUGCAAGGAUAACAACAUUCUCCCACCACUGGAUAAAGAUAAAGGCGAGACCCUCCUCAGUCCUCUAGUCAUGUGUGGUCCCCAUGGCCUGAAGUUCCUCCUACCCGUGGAACUGCGACUUCCCCAUUGUGCCUCCGUCAAUCCAGACAGCUGGUCCUUCGCUCUCAAAUCCAGCGACUCACCAACAGGUCAUCCAACCCAGUGGCAGAACAUGACCUUGGCAGGGAUGGAUGGGGUAGCCCAAGGUCGAGUGGGCAAAAAUAGUGUAUCUGUUCUAGUGGACCAUUUCUGAGGGGGUGGUACAUCAGCCAACAAACAGUCAGCCAGCAAACAUAGUCAGCCAUCGAAACAUAGUCAGCCAUGGAAACACAGCAAGGAGAUUAUAUAGUGUCAAUCAAGGCUGUUAAAAUGCAUAGUUAAUGUGCAUAAAGGAACAUGAAGGGAUUUAUGUAAACACUGAACUCAGACUUGAUAGGCAUUGGAAGAAUGGAAUAUGCGUGUUGUGUAGGAUACAUAGAGUUGUACAAGUGAGACGCUAAAAUGUUGCUAUGGAACCAAAUAUAGCAAUGUGUGCUGUUUUCUGAUCACUGGGAAAUCAACACUAUGUGACUGCCUGACCAUUUAAACAAUCGGAAUGUUUUAUAUGAAUGACAGUUUGAAGACCACACAAAAUUACAGUGAAAACUCUUCCAAUUGAAAUGCGAAGAUGUUAUGUAUGGUUGUGAAUAUAUUCAGGAUGAGAAUGUUUGGAUUUUCUCAUCAUUUGGGAAUUCUCAUUGCCAGAGAACUCUUAUCAUUCUCAUAAUUUUGGAAUUCUUGUUGCCUGGGAAUUCUUAUCACCUGGGAAUUCUUGUUGCCUGGGAAUUCCUAUCGCCUGGGAAUUCUUAUCGCCUGGGAAUUCUUGUUGCCUGGGAAUUCCUAUCGCCUGGGAAUUCUUGUUGCCUGGGAAUUCCUAUCGCCUGGAAAUUCCUAUCGCCUGGGAAUUUUUGUUGCGAUAUCAUUAGAGAUUCAUUGGAUUCGGCAAACUGAUUUUUAUGAUAAAUUGAAACUGUGGCGUCUGAUAUACAUAAAAGGUUGUGCUUGUAAGAUUUGACUCUUUGAUUCAAUGGAAAGGUUGGUGGUUAGACUUGUGAUAUUUUUAUUUUACUUUCCUUUUGUGUACAAGUCAUUACUCUAUGUUUUAUCAUGUCUAUGGUUGUUAAAGAAAACAAUAUACAGUUUAUUUAUAAACAGUUCAAACUAGUAACUGUGUGUUGAUCAGAUGUGUGAUUUUUGUGUGUGGAUUUUUUAAACAGGGCCUGAAGCACUGCAGAUUCUGUUUUUAUACAGUGAGGGUACUAUUAAUUUGUGUCUGAUUUCAGAAUUAUAAUUUUGUUGGGUAUUUAAAUUCCAGUAAUUUGUAUGCCUUGAUAGUCGAGAGGAAUAACUGCUGUCUGACAAUCUUGCCGUAGAUUUUUCGAAUCCUGCUGGAGCCUAGCUGUUUUUACGCUUCUAAUAUGAUACAAAGUUUUAAGGACUUGAGUUUUUAAAUGAUUUUUCCCUUUUGGGUUUUAUUGCCACACAAUGGCGUGAUGAACAACAGGUUGAAUGUGGGUUUCCUGCCAAAAAAUUAUCAACAAUCUUGAGUGUGUCAAGCCUCCUCAACUUACGAAAAAAUCUGAAUACAGGAAAAAAUCCAAACUGUAUUCGCAUAUUCUACUGAUUAGAUAGGUAUGAUUAUUUUUCUUGUUAUGUUUAAAGAAUAUUAUUCAUAAGAAGUUGAUAUUGAUUUAAUCUUGUGAAUUUUUAAUUAUAUAUAUAUAUAUAUAUAUAUUAUGCAAUGAAUAUACUUACAACAAAGAAUAUAUAUAAUAUCAAACAAGUGCCCCUUCUAAGUCAUUUGAUUACAUCAUGCACAAAACGCCAUAUGUAUUUGGGUGAUUUUUUGAAACAGUUCAAAUUAGUUUUGUAUUAUGCACAUUGAAUUUUGCAAUAUUAUAUUGAUAUACUUAAGAGUUUUCAAAAUCUAUCAAAGGUAUUAACCACCGGUAAUGCAUUCAAAUCAUAUUUCAUUGUUAAGACAAGUAAAAAGAUUGAUAUGAAUAUUUUGAAAACUGUACACUUUGCAAUAAUGCAUCAAUAGAGAUUUUUAAUUCCAUAUUAUAUAAUAGAAGCAAUGUUCAACUGAACCAAGAUUUUAGUUUUCAUUAUGUGUUAUGCAGAUGGUAACCAUGGUGACAAAUCCUAUAUAUAGGUGAAAUUCCAAUACUGUAGAUUCCCUUAUUUUACAUGAGUACUUGUAUCGCAAAAUGACUCGUAGAUGGUCUGGUGAUCAACAGCUCUAGUAAGGUGUGUAUUUUAGUAACAGAAAAAAAAAAGCCAGUAAUUUUAUUUACCUAGUGAUAAUAAAUUCCUCGUGUAUAUUUAGGAAUCAGCCUACAGUAUCUCGCAUGCAAAUGGUAAGCAAGUAGUGAAUUUUCUAACAUUUAACUUAAUUUCGGAGAAAGUUCUAUUAAUUUGCUAGCCCAUUGCUGCGAUCUGUGGAAAAGAAGAUAUACAUUGCCAUGUGUAUAAAUGUCCAGCAGUGCGAUUUUUAAAAAUUAUGUAUGUGUGUUUGUUAUUGUUCAAGGUUCAUAUCUUCAUGCUGUUCAAACUACUGACCAUGUGAAAAAUGCAAUACUGACACACCCACCUUUAUAUAUACAUAGGGGACGUAUUAUUUACCUGUAUAUAUAUAUAUAUAUAUAUAUAUAGGUAACGGGAGGAAAACAAAUCAAUGGUUGUGAACAUUUUGAGCUCUUUGAUUCGUGUCUGAUAAACAUCAAUUUUGUUAUUUUUCUAAUGUUGUGUAAAGUGUGCGGGUAAAUCAUCUACAUCCCUUCAAUGUUUAAUGUAACACGUACUCUAUAUCAAGAUGAGUCAUGGGGAAAAUACAACAUUGAAUUUAAAGCAUUGGAAUUUCACCUGUACUUCCAGUAAAAUAAUUUUGUGGGGAAAAAAAUGUCACCAUACCAAAUGCUUCAUGUGGAAUUUCACUCAAAAAAAGCAAUAUAAUUUUAUCAUUUUUAAAAAUUUUAUUUUGCGCAUGUGUUUUAUAAGCUGUGAAGGAUGAACAAUUUGGCAUUUUUCAUUUUCAAAACCAGUAUAAAAAAAUAUAAAAAAAAUAACAUCAUUCUGAAAAAAUACUCAAAAAUUAGAGACAUUUGUACUAUUGUGGGCUAUUUUUAGUAUCAUUUCAUUGACUAAUGAUUGAUGGUUUCCAGUAGAUUAUUUUUGAAAGCAGAAAGUUGAUAAAAAUAAUCUACUGUAUCAGAUUAUAUUUACAAAAAAAUUGUUCACUGUCAAUGUUAUUUUGUAGAACAUGAAAAGAAGUUUGUAAUUUUUUUUUUUUUUUUGGUGAAAUAUGUGCUUAUAUAAAGGUCAAUAUAUAUUUGCAAAUAUACAAGAAAUAUGAAUUGUGUAUUUUCAAUUUUGCUUUGUUAUGAGUUUUUAAAGGAUGAUAUUUGUAGUGCCCAUUGAUUCUUCUUCAUCAUGAAAAUGUCAUAAAAUACACACAUAUAUUACAUGUACAUGUAUGUACGUAUUAUUUUUGUUGCAUUCAUUUGUCAUACGAGUUAAAUAUGCAUAGUUUAGUCAUUCAACAAAUGCCACUUAUCAUUGAUUCAUUCAUAACCGAUACAGUGCAUUUAAACUUCGUUAAUAUUCGUGCAAAUCCGUUGUAUAUCGUCAGUUCAUGUAUAUUGCACUCUUUUGGUCUUCCAUAGAAACCAAGAUGCUUCAUGAAGGAGAAAACAAUAAAAAAAAUAUUGGCAUUCCA